AUGAAUAGUGCACUUAUAUGGAAUAUUAGAUCUGUUAACACUCAGCAAGCUUUUGAAAGAGUGGUGAUGUUACACAGACAGAAGAAGUUCAAUUUUAUUGCAUUAAUGGAACCUUUUCAGCAUAUCAGGCAUAUUGAGAUGUACAAAUUAUGGGUGGGAAUGAAAAUUGCAUGGCAUAAUAUUAAUGGAAAGAUCUGGUUAUUUAUAGAAGAAGGAUACCAGGUGGAGCUUCAGCUAGAUACUGACCAGCUUUUAUCCAUGAAGUUGACAUGUUUAGAUGGAGGACAGGAGAUCACUAUAAGCAUGAUAUAUGCUAGCACAGAUAGAGCAACAAGGAUGACAUUGUGGAAUGAUUUAUACCAUAUAUCUUGUAACAUUAACUCGCCUUGGCUUGUUGGAGGGGAUUUUAAUGUGAUAGUAGAUAAAUGUGAGAAAUUUGGAGGGCUUGAAGUUCCAUUUGUGGAAGUAGAAGACUUCAAUCAAUGUAUUAAUAUAUGUCAGCUUUCAGAUUUGGGUUUCAAGGGCAGCAUGUAUACUUGGUGGAAUGGGAGAUCAGAUGAGCAAUGUAUUUUCAAGAGGCUGGACAGGUGUCUUGCUAAUCAAGGGUUUCAGGAGUUAUAUCCUAAUUGUGAAGUUGAACACCUUAUCAAACAAGAAUCUGACCAUUCUCCUUUACUAAUCACUUGUAAGGAGGACAGUAGAGCAAUUAAGAAAUCUUUCAGAUUUUUAAAUUUCUGGACUGAGCAUCCUUCUUUCCUAGAUGUUGUGAGAAAUAAUUGGACAGGCAAGCUAAAGAAAUUGGGUAAAGUAUUGUCUAAAUGGAGUAGAGAUACAUUUGGGGAUAUUUUCAGGCAGAUAGCUACAUUAGAAGAAGUGGUUAAAGUUUAUGAACAAGAGUUUGAAGAGAGUCCUACCAGUGCUAAUGGGGAAAGGUUGCAGAAAGGACAAGCAGAUCUCAUUAGAUUCAAUGCUAUAGAGGAGCAAUUCUGGAAACAAAAAUCUGGUAUGCAAUGGUUUAUGGAUGGAGACACAAACACAAAAUUUUUCCAUGCACAUGUGCAAGGAAAGAGGAAGAAAUUGCAAAUUACUAGAAUUCAAAACCAGAAUAAAGUGUGGUUGGAUAGAGAAGAGGAUAUUUCCAGGGAAGCUAUUAAUUUCUUUCAGAAUCAGUUCACAGCUGAAACUGAAGCUACUGAUUUUUGCACUUCUAAAGCAUAUUCCAAAAAUGAUAACAGAAGACCAAAACAGAGAGAUUCAUGA